GGGGCAAAGUAGGAAAUUGACACAAAUUAUUUAAUACGUUAAUUUAAUUCUCCCACAGGAGAGCCCUAAGUGGAAUAAAGGCGAGGAAGAUUUGAAAGCUUUGGCUUGGCGGCGUCGCGAGGGGGAAAAAUGGCGACUCAGGAAGAUGAUGAAGGUGAAAGUGAAAUAGAUCCUGUCAGAAUGCUAUUAAAUGAAGAUAAGGGAGAAAAGGAGCUUCAUACUUUAGGAGGGGGCGCAGCGAAGGAAGAUGUACAGCAGCAUUACAUCCGGUCGAUCGAUUCGACGGUGGUGAUAAGGCAGCUUCCGUCGGAAGGUCUCUCCUUCCAGCUGUGGCCGGCUGCCACCACUCUAUUCACCCUCCUCGACCACCACCGCGGCCACGCUAGCAGCAGCCCCCUGACUUCUACUCUCACUGCUUUAUCCCCCGGUCAUGAUCACCGCUCCCUCAAAAUCCUCGAGCUAGGCUCAGGGACUGGCCUCGUCGGAAUAGCAGCGGCGGUGAUACUCGGAGCAAAUGUUACGGUCACGGACCUCCCUCACGUCAUUCCCAAUCUCCAAUUCAACGUUGACGCGAACGCUGAUUUGUUGGCGAAGAACGGUGGGACCGUGCGCCCGGCACCUCUGAGGUGGGGAGAGGCUGAAGACAUGGCGAUGGUUGGGCGAGAGUACGAUCUGGUAUUGGCAUCUGAUGUUGUGUAUCAUGAUCACCUUUACGAGCCUCUCCUCAAGACCCUGCGUUUCCUGUUGUGCGGGGGCGAGAAAAAGAUUGUGUUCGUUAUGGCGCAUUUGAGGAGGUGGAAAAAGGAUGCGGCCUUCUUCAAGAAGGCGAAGAAGCUGUUUGAUGUUGAGACAAUACAUGUGGAUCAACCAAGGGAGGGAUGCAGGCUUGGAGUUGUUGUGUAUCGCUUUGUUGGGAGAAAUCAGAAUCUGAUUUCUUUAUGAAGUCCAUAUUCAAUGCAAAUGCAAUCCAUUUUUGCUCAUAUUUUCAAUUGUUUAACUGAAUUUGACAAGUCCUCGCCUUUAGUAGUUAAUGUAAAAUGAAAUCGAAGAUUCAAUUUUACAACAAUGCUUGAAGAACCUCAGAUCUCAAAUUCACACAAAUCUACAAAACAGCAGCACAAGAUGAACACCGAUCAAAUAAAAUAAAUACACACCCAUCCUUCCAUCUGCAGCUUUCCUUUCGGCAUCUAGGUGGCAAUGUCGAAUGGUGGAGAUUGAUUUGUAGAAGGGAAAUGCAGUAAAAUAGAAUAUACCAAACAUCAUCGCUUCCUUGGCACUGAACCUUUAGACACAGCUUUCAUGCUUUGUGAAUCUCUAAAGCAAACAAAGUGCACUAGAGUUUUCCCGUUUGGGUAGACAGCAAAUACACUUGUCCCUAUUUUCUUGUUGCAAAGAGAACACAUGCUAUCACUGGCAAUCUUCACCACUGUUUUCCUUUGGUUGUAGAGUUCAUCUUUAACCUGUU